AUGGAGUACCCUGGGGGCCCCUGCGGGCGGCUCUCCUCCGCCUAUGCGCGCCGGCGGCUCUACAACAGACUGGCCCUCGAGGGGCCCCUCGGGGGGCCCCCCGGGGGGCCCCCCGGGGGGCCCCCCGGGGGCCCCCUUCUGCAGCAAGACCGCAGCAGCAGCUUGUUAGGAAGAACUACUUCCCCAACUUUAAGGGCCCAAGAAGCAGCAAUUCGCAGCCAAAUGCGCAGAGCCAACUCGGGGGCCCCCAGCAGCCCGGGGCCCCCCCCCCUGGGCCGCCACAGCGCGGCCCGCGCCGCCUCGCGGAGGGGCCCCCGGGGGCCCCCCGGGGGGCCCCCCGGGGGGCCCCCCGGGGGGGCUCCCCUGGGGCCCCUCCAGGGGGCCCCGGGGGCCCCCGGGGGCCCCUUUGGGGGCCCCCAGGACUCCCCGGAAAGAGAUAAAAGCCCCACUUUCAGGGCCCCCUUUUUCUGUCCUGGAGAGGAAAACAAGGGGGCCCCCUGUUGGCUGCUGCUGCACGAAGAAGACGUGCAGCAGCAGCUGCCAAGGGGGGCGAAGCUGAGGCCCAGUGGGGGCCCCUCUCGCAGCAGCAGCAGCAGCGCAGCAGCGCAGCAGCCCAGGGCGCGCUGCAGCAGCAGCAGCAGCAGCAGCAGCAGCAGCAACCGCGCAGGCCUCGAGACCCCCAGACACCCGAAAAGGAGCCCCAGCAAAGAGGCCGAUCUCCCCGAAGGCGAUUCAGCUGUACCACAAGGAGGCCGCGAAGCUGUGGGCGCGGGCUACCAGCAGCAGCAGCAGCAGCAGCAGCAGCAGCAGCAGCAGCAGCAAGAUGGGGACACGAGGCGUCCAUUGUACCCUUCAGGAAGCAGCGGGGGGCCCCCCACGGAUUUCCCCGAAAGUACCCUAAAGGGGGCCCCCAAGGACUUUGGAAAUUCUCCUUUUUUGUUUUCGGGGGGCCCCCCUUCCUUUGGGGCCCCCAAUGGCGACAGCGACCUGGAGACACAAAAGGGUACUGAAGACCACUGGGGCCCCCCAGACAACAGGGGCCCCCAGGGCUCCCAGGGGGGCCUUGGGGGCCCCUAUGGGGGCCCCCAGGAGUACGGGGGCCCCCAAGGGUACCGGGGACCCGAAGAGCACAGGGGCCCCCCGGAGUAUGGGGGCCCCCAAGACGACAGGGGCCCCCAUGACGACAGGGGCCCCCAGGAGUAUAGGGGCCCCCAGGAGUACAGGGGCCCCCAAGACGACAGGGGCCCCCCGGAGUAUAGGGGCACCCAAGAGUAUAGGGGCCCCCAAGAGUACAGGGGCCCCCAAGAGUUCAGGGGCCCCCAAAAGGACAGGGGCCCCCAGGAGUACAGGGGCCCCCAGGAGUACAGGGGCCCCCAGGAGGAGAGGGGCCCCCAGGGUUUGGAUUUGAGAAUAUCUGAGACCCAACUGAGGGCCAAAAUGGAGUUGGAAAGAUCUCGAAGAGGACAACGUGGGGCUGUUGAGGGGCCCCUGCAUGCGCCCUAUGCCACUUGGGGCUCUGAGGCUCCCUUAGACACUGCGGAGGAAAGACAAAAGAAAAAGUUCAAAGAAGAAAUGAAAGAAGAAUUAAAACAAAGACAAAGGAAUAUGGAGCCCCUUUCCGUCACAGAAAGAGCAGCGGCAAAGGCAGAAAUUUUGGGCUGGCAAACAAAAGCACAAAAUUAUUAUUUGCUUUACCAGCGGCUGCUGCAGCGGCAGCAGCCCCUGGAGUCACAAGUCCUAAAACUCACCAAAGACUUAGCUGUUGCAAAAGAGGCCAAAAACAACUCGCGCAUGCAGUCCCCAAACCCUGCGACGCAUGCAGAGCCCAGCCAGGCAGUGUGGGGCCCCACAGACGGCCAGCUGUCUGCAGACUACAAAGAGCUGCUGCAGUGUUUGCUGGGGGUCUGCAGCAGCAUAACUCCUGUCUUUGCCCACCAAGUGCAGCAGCAGCAGCAGCAGCAGCAGCAGCAGCAGCAGCAGCAGCAGGGGGGGCCCCCGGGGGGCCCCCCCCCCAUUGUCGCGCAUAUGAUUAAUGCUGUCGAAUUUGUUGCUGCAUGCAGCCACCAAAGUGCAGCAAUAGAAAGGGCCCGGCAGCAGCUUUGGGCGGUGCUGCAGGGGCUGCCGGCGAGCUGCUGGGCCCACGCGCAGCAGCAGCAGCAGCAGCAGCAGCAGCAGCAGCAGCAGCAGCAGCAGGGCGGCGGCAGGGCGAGGGGCAGAUCUCUCAGCAGCUGCAGCAGACACACGGGGACCCGCAGCAGCUCUCGCCGUGUCUCUUUUGUCUCUUCUGACGAAGACAGCAGCAGCAGCAGCAACAGCAGCAGCAGCAGCAAACGGGGGGCCCCCAGAGGGGCCCCAAGCAGCCCCAGUGGACAUCUCCAUGCAGCAGCAGCCCCCCAGCAGUGGCCCACGUGA